AUGGCAAGCAAGCCCAUUAAGAAAUAUUUGCUUUUUACUUCUUUUUUUUCGAUACAGCUCUGUUAUUUUUCCUAUAAUUAUAUCGAGGCCCAGACAGAUUUUGUUCAAUACUUUUAUACGCCUUCGUGGAAAACAUCUGGAAGUUUGUACGAGCCCAGCCAACCAUCAGUAAAAUCUUCGAGAUUCAUCAGCUUUACCAGUGCAAUGCCUACCAAUUCGAGCGCUACUGAUGAACCCUCUGCUCAAAGCACCUCCGGUAAUCAAACUGCCGCUAGGAAAUUCAAGAUUAAUCGAAAAUCGUCAUAAAACUCAAUUCCUUAUUAAUUUAAAUUACAUAACCGAUCCAAAACUACAUGAAAAUCAACACGCAUUGAAUCUGCAGAAUUAAAAAGUUAUUUUCUUCUGUAAAGGUUUGCAAGGCACUUUUGAGCACAAUACUAUCAAUAUCCAAGAAAGCAUAGUUUCUG